AUGAGUAUUGAUACGCUACUGGAGGCGGCUCGGUACCUGGAAUGGCAAGCCCAGCAACAACAGAUUACACGUGAAGAGGAGGAGCGGCAUAAAAAGGCUGUCCUUUCUCGCGGGGCAGAACCAAAACGUCCCGAAGUCACCGCUUUAUCCAUCCAGCCGCCACAGCUCAACCAUGUGACCUGGGCACCUCCUAUCCAGCAGAUCUGUCCUCCAGCACCACCCCCUGCCUUGCCUCUUGCCAUGCCUAUUGCAGUCAUCCCCAUCUCUGUUGUUCCCGCCAACCCAGCAUCAGCACUCCAUACCGCCUCACCCAUUCCGGUGGUAACUCCAUUAGCUACAGCACUCUCGCCUCCAGCUGCCCCUUUACUUGGCCCAGCAGUGAAGGAUCCUCACCCGCCCCUGCAACAGCCACAGUUACAACAUCGCCCCCUGGUGACACAUGUGAAAACAGAAGGCGGUACCCUGCCGCAGUCGGGUACCAGCCCAAAGCAGCAGCCUCAGGCUGUGCUGCAGCCGUACCCUGCGCCUGUCAUCAGCCCACAUCAUGCCCUUCUGCCCCAGCCUACUAUCGCACAACACCAAAGCAAUGUAUCACAACUGGCCCGGCCCAACGGCGCAGCCUUGGAGGACUCACGGAGUUUAGAGGCUAAGAGACGGCCCGGAGGAGCUGGUACCAGGGAGGUUCACAAUAAACUAGAAAAGAACAGACGAGCUCAUCUGAAGGAGUGCUUUGAGACCCUUAAAAGAAACGUCCCCAAUGUGGAUGAAAAGAAGACCUCCAACCUAAGUGUGCUUCGAAGUGCCCUGCGCUACAUACAGACACUGAAGCGUAAAGAGAAGGAGUACGAGCAUGAGAUGGAGCGGCUGGCGAGAGAAAAGAUCGCUGUACAGCAGAGACUGGCCGAGCUGAAGAACGAUCUGAGCCAGCGCAUGGACGUUAUCGAGAUCGACCGCAUUCUCCGACAGACCGUCCAACCCGAAGAUGACCAGGCCUCCACAUCAACAGCAUCAGAAGGUGAGGACAACUUUGAGGAGGACCUGGAGGACAGUCCCUCGUUCCGCUCCUCGGCCCCGAGACCUCAACCACCGUUAUCUGAGCCAUGCACCCCUAUUCUUCCUGCUCCUCCUUCCAUCCUCCCAUCCCAUAUCACCAUUCAGCACAAACCCUCUACCCCUCCACUGCAGCCCCAGAGUGCGGCCAUCUCCCCUCAGCCCAGCGUCAUCGCACACGCCUCCGUCUCUCACGCUUCCGUCAUCCAGGCAGUCAAUCACGUGCUGCCAACUGUCUCCAAGCCCAUAGGCCACAUCACUGUUCAUCCGGUGGCCCUUUAUCAACAGCCGGUGGCCAUCUCGCAGCCUCCCAUGCUGGGUCACAUCACACAGAAGCUUGCCCAGCAGCCCCAGAGCCAUGGCCAUGUAAACGGUGCAGUGGCAAUAGGCCAACAAGCAGUGGUGGGGAAGCCCACAGCUGUGGUGGCCCACCAUCAUGCAGGUCUGGUGGGCCAGACUGUUCUUAACCCUGUGACUAUGGUGACCGUACCUCAGUUUCCAGUCAGCACACUGAAGCUAGCGUGAAGGACAGAGGUUUGACAUUAAGGUGGUCUGUGCAGCUGGAGGACCCUCCUGGCUGAACUAAGGACCUGUCUGUGAAGCACAGGACUUUAUUUUGUGUGUGACUACAAAAUCUAAGAGCUAUUGCUUUAUCAGAGAGCGAGUGCCUCUCGGCUUGGGUAAUCAUGGGUAAUCAAGUCGUAAGCCUUAUUCGGACGGGAUUUGUUUCUCAGGUUAACGUCGUAUAAAAUCUCAUCUGUGGAAGAAUCAUUCCAUCCAGACGGCAAUCAAAUGAAUGUAAGAUGCACAACUUUCUAACAGGUCGUUUGUUUCCAUGAGUCAGGGUGUUAGAGUCAUGUGUGGUCAUGUGAUUCAUGACAAAGCGUUCAAAAGGCCAGAUGUGUGAGAGAACACACUGUCCCACAUUUCAGUGUGAGAGGGAGUUAAUAACAAACAAUAUUAUUUUAGUUUGGUGUUAAAGGAACUGAGAGCAAUACAGGUGCUUAUGAAUUUAGUGAGUAAACUAAAAGUCGCAUAAUAUUUCACCACAUGUAAACCAUUGUUGUUAUUGUUAAGUUUAUAAAGAACAAAAAUAAACGACUAAAUAUAUUUUAAUUAACCAAAUGGUUGGCACGUUGGCUUGGUGGGUAG